AUGCAGCCAAAUGUCUCUGCAGCACAGCGCCCCCCGCUGCACUCAGCACACUCCGCCGGUGGAGUGGACGGCACAAACGCAGAGCCUCGCCUUAUUUCACACAAACAUCUGUUUUAUUCACGACAGUCUCAUGAAACUGUAUAUAUUAAGAUGCAGUGGAGCAAAGGGGAGGAGGAUGAUUAUUGGAACAGUUCUCAGUCUAAAGCUUUUACUUUUGAUGAAGAAGAAGAGGAUCUCACCCAGCUCAAACAAACUCGCCAGGCCGUGAACAACAUCAAACUCACAGACGAUGACGACGUGGAGAAGGUCAACUGGAGCGGGGAGCCAGUGGGGAGCAUCUCGUGGUUGGUCGGUGAGACGUCCUCCUCGUCCAAUCAGAAGACAGAUUUCCCUCGGGUCAGUUCAGAGUCCAGUGUAAACAGAAGUGGACCAGGACUGUCUUUGAGCGCCCUCUUCAGAGGCAGAUCCAGCAGGGGGAGCUACCCAAACCUCAGCGACUCCUGUCUCCCGGAGCAGCUCUCUUCUCGGCUCUUCGCUCCAGAGCUGCGGAGACCCAGAGCCGACUACAAGGACUUUGUGGGGGAUUUGUCUCCAGAGGAAACAGUCCAGAGGCUCCAGCAGGGGAAGGCCGUGGGAAUGGAGAGGUUCCGGUCUCUUCAAGACAAACUACUCCUCCUAGAUUUGGCUGUUGACGGCAACGAUGGGAACGCCAUCACCGCGGUCCUGAUCUUCCUCAAGAGGACCCUCAGCAAAGAUGUCUUGUUCCGGGAGCUGGAGUCCAGGCAAACAGCUCUGAGACAUUUCAUCCACUUCCUCACAGAGACUCACGAACAGAGGCUGCUGCUGGACCUGCUGAGAGCUCUGGGUCGAGUGGAAGACACUGCGCUGCUUCAGUACAAAGAUCACGUGACCAUCAGCGACGAGAACAAGAGGAGAGACUACCUCAAGUCUUGCAUCAGUCUGCCGUUUUCUGCUGAUGAUGCUGCUCUGGUUCAGGAUCACUUCACUCUGUUGGAGCGACAGAUAAUCAUCGAGGUCGCUGAUUCUCAGUCGGAGAAAAACGGGAAAGUUGAAGUUUUCCAGAAGUUUCCAAGAAAAGCAUCAAUACUUAACAUGCCCCUGAUUACUACAGUGUACUACUGCGUGUACUACCACAACAGCGACCCAGAGGGCUCCUACAGCAGUCCGUCAAACCUGCGGCAAACAUUUAAGCUCUCAGAACAGCAGCUCUUCAUCACCAGUCUCUCCGCUCUCUCCAAACGUCGUCUUUGGUCCGAAGUCGAUUCUCUGUUUUCGUCUCGUUCGUUUUUUGGAUUUGGACGAAAAAAAUCUCCUCUGAGCUUCAGCCGCGUGGUGGACAUCCUGCACAAGAACUCUGCACCCUCACAGGUCCUGUCUCCUUUCGUGUCUCUGGUUGAAGACUCAGAUUCUCGUUUAACUUUGGCUCAAAAACAUAAAUGUCACGAUGUCGUCAUCAACAUCUUCCGGGAGCAGAAGGACCGGCUCAGUUUGAUUCAGUACAGAAGCAAAGUGGAACCCGGAUCACAGGAGGACCGGACUAUCCAGACCCUCCUCCAGAAUUCACAAAUCCGUUGGAAGAACUGA